GUGUCUUAACGUCAUCAAGGUCAGCGUUUACCUCCAGAACUGGUCCCACGUGCUGAGCUACGUCAGCAAGGCCGAGUCCACGCCCGAGAUCGCAGAGCAAAGAGGAGAACGAGAUAGUCAAAACCAGGCGGUUCUUGCCAAGUUAAAAUGUGCUGCAGGUCUGGCAGAGCUGGCGUCCCACAAGUACAAGGCCGCGGCCAAGUGCUUCCUCCAGACGUCCUUCGACCACUGCGACUUCCCAGAGCUCUUGUCCCCCAGCAACGUGGCGGUGUAUGGAGGCAUGUGCGCCCUGGCGACGUUCGACCAACAGGAGCUCCAACGCAACGUCAUCUCCAGCAGGUAAAGAUAAAAGGAUAUUGCAGGAGGAGAUAAGCACAGGAAGCGUGUUCAAGUACCUCCCGUCGUCGGUCUCUGAGUUCCAGCCGGUGCUGCGGACGCUGGCGCGCCCCAUCCAGAGGGAGCAGCUCCGCGACACGCUGCAGCAGUGGAUCACCACGUGUAAGGAGGACAUCUGCAGCGGCAUCAGUAGCCUGCUGGUGUAUGUGACCAGCCUGAAGGCCCUGGCGGCCAUCAGGGACGCUAUCUGGGACCUCCUCUCCACUGACUCCAUCAGCCUGCACUGGGGCAGUGUGUGUCAGUGCCUGCUGGAGCGCCCCCUGGAUGUUUGGGAGGACUUCCUGCAGCAUCUCUUCCUCCAGCGCCUGCAGGCCAUCACUAAAGACGAAAUGGACACCAUCUCCGACAGCUCCACCCAGCUCCUCACCUCGGCCCUCCGGGAUCUAGAGAGCCCCGCCCCCCAGGCCGCAGCGCCCCCUAAAGGCCACGGCGGGCGCUUUGAGUCGGACGUCGCCUCCUUCCUGUGGUCCGAGGCCCCGGGGGACCUGCUGAGCGACAGCGCCUGGGUGAGCGUGGCCCAGCGCGACCCGCAGCACCACAGCGGGCUGGCCAUGAAGACGCUGGCGCUCACGCCCUGCGUGCAGAGCUUCUGCACCGCUCUGGACGCCAAGCUCCGGACCCGGCUGGACGACCUGCAGCACUACCUCCCCGUACAGGAACCAGGGUCCUCCUACCCCAGCCCGGCUCUCCAAGGCACCUGGCCGGCCAAGGGCCUCGCCGCAUCAGCCUUCGAUCGCUUCAAAGACGCCGCCGACGUGGAGCAGAGCUUACGGGACUCCUGCUUGGCCUGCGUCCAACAGAUCCUGUCUCACAUCCGGUCCGAGCUGUCCUCCGGCGAGCCCCGCCCCGACCUCGGCACGGUCCUCUUUGUGGCGCGCCUGUGCCAGUCCAUGGGGGACCUGUGCACGAACCUCAGGCGCUGCGUCUUGGGGAGGGAGGGCAGCUCAGAGGCCGCCAGGGAGACCCCCAGAGCGGGGAGGAAGCUGGGCAAGGCCAAGGCUCCGGCCCAGGUGGGGCCCGCCCAGGCCAGGUGGGUCGGCCUGAGGCGGGACCUCGGGGCCUGCAGCAUGGACGCCUACCGCAUCUGGAGCAGCGCCCUGUCCCAGGCACUGGUGGAUCAUUUUGCAACGGCGCUCAAUGCCGACACUCCCGGUGCCAUCCUGAAAACGGCCACGAGCUGGGAGGAGCUAGAGAUCCAGGAGGAGGCGGAGUCGGGCAGCAGCGUCACGUCCAAAAUAAGACUUCCUGUGCAGCCCUCCUGGUUCGUCCAGGCGCUGCUGUUCCAGCUGUGCCUGGAGGUGAACAGAGUCGGCGGCCACGCCUUGCCGAGACCCACCUUGCAUGAGCUGCUGAAGUCCUGCCUGGACCAGGUCCUCCAUCACUACCACAGCAUCACGCAGCAGACCCAGGACAAGGACCACGGCUUCCCCAUGACCCAGACCAGAGCGCUGCAGCUGCUGUUUGACCUGCGGUACCUCUGCACCACGCUGAACCCCCGGCCGGAGGGGGGCCAGGGCGGGGGCUCGUCUCAGGACCCCAGGAUCCAACAGGUCUGCGAUUGGUUGGAGGGCUUCAUAGAUCCCUUUGAUCUUGACGUGUUCACGGCACCACUCAGCGCCCACCUCAACCGCCUGUCCCAGAGGACCUCGGUGCUUUUGGGGUUCUUAACAGACACAGAGAAACAAUUUGUGCAGCGAAACAGCGCUGCGAGCUCCCAGGAGCAGUACAACAUCCUGCCUCUGGCAAGCAGCCAGAUCAGGUUUGGUCUGCUGCCUCUGAGCAUGUCCAACACGAGGCUCACCAAGUCGGGCCGACAGGCCGUCGAUCCAGUGUCACGGUAUUUUGAAUAGCCGGAGACCAAGGCGACGCCCACCAACUCAGCCAUAGAUCACAGCUUCCGCCCGGGCAACCUCUUCAGACAGCUGGCCCACCACGAGGAGGAGCCCGCCGCCCCUUCCUUAUUCAAGCUCAGCUGGCUCUCAGGCAUGGCCAAAUAGGCCUGUCCCCGUGGACAUCGUUACGGACUUUGAAGGAACAAUUUCAAAUAUGUCAUCUAUUUGGUGUAUUCUGUUUUCAACCCUAACCAGUCGACCUUCUCUUUUGUAACAGUUGGUGCGGGAUGAUGAAGUGGUUUAGGUACAUUCUGUCUUCUUCUAUUAAACAUUAUGUUUCUGUAAAAUCUAAUAUCAGCAAAGAUUAUCCUACUAAAUUAAAUCAUUAAAUAUUUUAUUAUGUUA